GGACAACCAAACAUCUCAAAAAGGGAUAUAUAAUACCUAAAGAAAAUAUCAGUGAUCAAUAUAUUCGUUUGGUGAAUUCCAAAUAAGAGAGAAAAACACGUUAAUGAAAUACAGAAAUAAUCAAGGCACAAUCCUGCAAAUACAAUUCAGAACAUUUCUAAGAUACAAUUCUCUAUGUGCCUAUCCACCUGAGUGCUAAACGAAGACGACAACGAAUAAAAAUAUAAUUUAAGGAUUGAAAAAUCCGACAUCAAGUUCGCGAAUAACGUUGUGGGGCUUCAGACGGAGAGUGACCCAAGGUGUCUGGCUCGAAGCACUCAUCGGUUGCAGUUGCAGUUGCACAUUCCCUGGCAGGAUGUUCGCUACCCAGGAUACCAUUUUGAAGCUGCUGACCCUCUGCGCUUUGGCGCAUUCUAUUACCGCCUAUGCGCUGCAGGAGAAGACCCCCGCAUCGGGAUCUGCAUCUGCUCCGCUGGACCCCAGUCACAAGUAUCUGAUUGUGCGGGGAGAGAGUCCUAUCGGAGCCUCCGCCUCCCAGGAGCAUGUGGACUUUGAUAAUGCGGCAACUCUGCUACUGCAGGCCUACAAGUCCCAGCAGACCACGUCCCCGAAUGGACUGGAGGAGUGCAGCGCGCCCAGCCACAAGCCCACCUUCUCCGGCUACGACUACGUGAUUCUGCUGGGCAUGCUGGUCAUCUCGCUGGGCAUUGGCAUCUUCUACGGGUUCUUCCAGAAGGGAGGCAGCUCCUCCAACGAGUUUCUUCUGGGUUCCGAGAUGAGCAUCUUCCCAGUGACCCUCAGCCUGACGACCAGCUUCAUUACGGCUAUCGAGCUGCUGGGCAACCCAUCCGAGAUGUACUUCCAGGGCACACAGUUCGUGCUGAUUGUGAUCCCCAUGGUGCUGGUCAUCCCGGUGGCGGUCAAGAUCUUUUACCCCAUAUAUUUCAAAAUGGAGCUCACCAGCUGCUAUGAAUACCUGGGCAUACGCUUCGGCAAGGAGAUCCGAAUCUUGGGCGCAGUACUCUAUGUCAUACAGAUGUGCUUCUACACGGCUGUUGCUGUCCUCGCUCCAGCCAUUGCCUUGUCCAAGGCCACAGGAUUGGACACCAAAAUUGCUGUCAUUCUGAUUUAUGUGGUCUGCGUCUUUUAUUCCUCGCAGGGCGGCAUGAAGGCUGUGGUCAUUGCCGAUUCAUUCCAGGCUGCAGUCCUGGCUGUGUCUCUUGUUUUGAUUGUGGGUCUCGGCAGCUACUACAGCGGGACUCCCAUUCAGGUCUUUCAGAAGGCUGCCGAACUCAAUCGCUUGGAGUUCUUCAACAUUGACCCCAGUCCCACGACCCGCCACACCGUUUGGUCUGUGGUCAUUGGCGGCUUCUUCUACUGGACAUCGCUGUUCUGCACCAACCAGGCCUCCGUCCAGAAGUGCAUGUCACUAAAGUCCUUAAAGCUAGCGAAGAUUGCUCUGGGCUUUGCCAUUAUAGGUUUGAUUGCCGUUUUCCUGCUCAACUUUUACACGGGCUUGAUGGUUUUCAACCACUAUGCGGACUGCGAUCCCCUGACGGCAGGUCGCAUCUCGGCCUCCGAUCAGUUGCUGCCUUUCUACGUGAUCAAUACGUAUGAGCACAUCUACUCCAUUGCGGGCAUCUUCGUUGCAGGCAUCUUUGCGGCUAGUUUAGGAACUGUGGCAUCUGCCUUGAACUCCCUGUCCGCUGUGACCUGCGAGGAUCUGCUUGCCAAUGGCAUGAACAUCAAAAUCUCUCCGGAGAAGGGAGCAACCUAUGCCAAGUGGAUGUCCUUGGGCUACGGUAUUGCCUCCUUCGGACUGGUGUUCAUUGUGGAGCAUCUGGGCGGCGUGUUGCAGGCUACUCUCACAUUGAAUGGCCUCAUCGGUGGCGUGACACUGGGUCUGUUUGUCCUCGGUAUUGCCUGUAAGCAGGCCAACACUAAGGGAGCCUUCUAUGGCGGGCUUCUAUCGCUGAUUCUAGUGAUCUUUGUGGGUGUGGUGGCCCAGAUAGCCAGUGUGGAGCCACCUCCGCUGGCCACAUCCAUCGAGCACUGCGAUUGUCAUGUGAAUGUGACCAGCAUUAUCGAGGACUUGCUCACCGAAUCAAUGAAUCCCAUUGAGCAGGAAGGAUUCACUUCCUGGCCCAUCUUCCGGCUAAGCUAUAUGUGGUAUAGCAUGAUCGGAUGCCUGUUGACAGUAUUCCUAGGAUGGUUCAUCUCCCUGAUAAUCGACUUUAAGCAACGACGAAAUGUCCUGAAGAUCACCGGCAAGGGCAUCGAUAACGAAGGCGUUUCCGAUGAGGUGUUCAAGAGCGACUCCCAAGUGCAGUACACCACCAACAGCACCAUCACCACCACCACAGCGGUAGACCCACCACUCCCACCCACAACCAAAGAGACUACAAGUGACGAGGGGCAUGUGAAUCAUGCCAUACGCAUCGACGACGAAUAGAAUCGAAUUCGAAUUUGGCUUGGAAUAAUUCCAAUCCAGUGUAUUCCUUGUGUAACCGGUAACCUCUAUGUACAAAGACCAGUCGCAAUCCUAACUGUCCUAGUUUAGUCGCAAGAGUGAUUUUUAGUUUUAAGUCCAAUCAUAGCCCGAUUGCUGCUACACCCCGAGAGCAAUCUUCGACACAGUAUUCUGUACACAAAAUUUUUUUUUUUUUUUUAAUAUAGUCUCUUUCAACCGUGUACACAUAUAUAGUUGAAAGAAUUAUUUGCACGGGCCAACAACGCCACCACACUUUACUAAUUUUACUACGAAAGUGAAUUUACCUUUAGGUUUGUUUUAAGCAACCAUAAAAAUAACCUUAAAUAAACACAUAUAUGUAUUCUUAA